UAUAAAGGCCAAGGGACGCGGUGGACACCAUGAGACCGGAUCAAGGCACCUUGCCGAGUACUGUACCUCAGAUAGCGUUGCAAGGAGCCCGCGUAUCGUUGACGAGAUGAAGAGCCUGAUCGUUUUCACCGCUUUGUUGGCAGCAGUGUGCGCCCGUCCGAGCUUGGUGCUGUCACCACAAGUGGCAGCACUGGCGGGGCCCGUUACCAUCGCGAGACUGAUACCAGGUGCCCCUCUUGGUCUAGAUGGCCGAGUGGUCGACACGCCGGAAGUGACACUGGCCAAAGCGGAGCACGCGGCGGCUCACAUCAACGAGAGGAUCAAUUUAGCCAACGAGGCACUGAAAUCCGCCGACUUGGUCGCCUACGCGACACCAGUGCUGGCCACGAGAGUGGAGCCACUGGCGGUCGCGGCCAAAAUUGUUCCACCAGCUCCUCUGGGGCCUGACGGCCGCGUCGUUGACACGCCGGAAGUCGCUCUGGCCAAGGCAGAACACGCCGCCGCUCACAUAAACGAGAAGCUCGAGCACGCUGCCGAGCAAGCAGCGAGAAGCGUCUCCGUGCAGGUUCCGAUCGCUCUGUCGUACACCGCGCCGGUGAUUCAGAAACUCUUGGUACACGCGAGGAGAGGGACUCAAGAGAUAGAAGGAGAGAUCAUGAGGGGAUUGAUCGUCAUCUUGAUCGUCACAGUGACGAGCUGCAGAGCCGGUUUCCUUGGUGGACCACCACCCUCUUACGGUGAGCCUCAGCUGCACUCUCAACCAGCACCUCAGAGGUACGCGCCUCCAGCACCGGUUGGCCAAGAUGGCAACGUGAUCGACACGCCGGAAGUCGCCGAGGCGAAGGCCGCACACUUCGCGGAAUUCGCAAGAGCGGCGGCCAGAGCGGCGGAGGAGAGCAAAAAUCAACCGCAAUCGGUCGACUACAAUCAACUACCGGCCCAGACGUACAACUACCCCUCGGUGCAACCCACUCAACCCACUUACCUCAGACAGCAGAGUUAUCAGUCCCCUGCGCCCAUUUAUCAUUCUGCUCCAGUUCCAGCGCCAUCGUACAAUCAGCCUAAUCCAGUGGCGUACCAGCCGCACUACGCCAGAAAUACAAACUACGUUGGCCCGCAAAGUUACGCCGCUCCGAGUGUGAAACCUACCCCGUUCGUUCCAGCGCCUCUCGCUGAGGAUGGGACGGUAAUCGAUACACCGGAAGUGGCUGCUCUUAAGGCCGCCAGGUUGGCCGAGCUGGCCGAGGCCGAAGCCAGAGCGUAUAAGUUCGCCCAGGAAUACAAAGCGGAACUCGGAGGUCAAGCUUAUGCUGGCCCGGCAGCAGCUCCAUACAGCGGUCAAUACAAUGCUCCAGCUGCGCGAGUAUUUUCUGGUGCAGCAGCUUCGUAUCCAACUCAGGCCCAAUCACCGUUUGGCAAGCCUGCUUUCCAACCCCAGAAUUAUCAGCCGCAGCAGUUAGUCGGGGCUUACUAAAUUCGAUAUCACGACGCAUCUGUACAUAAUUUAGGCGAAUAAAUUAUUUCCCUUCCUUUUUCU